AUGGCUUAUAACAAUGAAUUUUAGGAUUAGGGACAAUUUGAUCAGGAGGAGUUUGCCAUGAGGAUGCCAGUGAAGAGUCACUUGCAAAGACUGGAUUAAUUGUUGCAGCAAUUAAUGGACGAGUUGGAUUUGGCAAAGAAGGAGAAGGAACAAUUACGCAACAAUCUGAUUGAGUUAUCGUAAAUUACAACAGAUUCAUUUGAUGACUCGAAUAAAUACUUGAAUGAGGAGUAUCAAAGAUUGAUGCAGGAGUUUCAUGAGCAGAAUGCAUUACAAUUGGAAUAACACUAGUUCUUGAAACAAUAAGUGGAUUAGAUCAAUCUAGAUAGAAUCAAAUUGCAAUAAAAUACUAUUGUACUUGAGAACAGAGUUUAAGAUUCAGAAAAAGAAUUGGGAUUUGUUUGA